AUAAAAAAAAAAUACCCACCGCCCUUUCAUUCUUCCCCCUUUCCAGAACCUGCAUACAACAAUUCGCUUUUCCUAUCUCUCUCUAAAAUUUCCAACACUCUCUCUCUAAAAACUUCAAUCGGAGAUUCGAUCUGAUGGCGUCGUUCGCGGAGGCUCCAGCCGGAAACACCGCCGGCGGCGAGAAGAUCUUCAAGAUGAAAUGCGCUCAAUGUCACACCGUUGAGAAAGGCGCUGGUCACAAACAAGGACCCAAUCUUAAUGGACUGUUUGGAAGGCAAUCUGGUACCACUGCUGGAUAUUCUUAUUCUGCUGCUAACAAAAACAAGGCCGUUACAUGGGAAGAAAACACCUUGUAUGAUUACUUGCUAAACCCCAAGAAGUACAUUCCUGGAACAAAGAUGGUUUUCCCUGGACUGAAAAAGCCACAGGAGCGUGCAGAUCUCAUUGCAUAUUUGAAGGAAUCCACUGCUUAGUUCCGUGAUUGUCUAUUGCGUUUAACAUCAUUUUGAAAUUUUAAUGAUGAUUUCAGGUAUAAGUGGAUAAAUUUGGAUUAUUAUUAUAAUAAGGAGAGAACCUUUAUCAUCUGUUUUUGCUUCAUUUUUUGGCACUGGUUUAAUCCAUUGGCAAGAGUUUGCCUUAUUCAUUACAAACUAAAGUUGCAAUGCGGAUGAAUACAUUUGAAGUA